AUGAUCAGACGGCUCUCUGUCUUCAAGGGCAAGUCCCCUUCCACGCCUACCGGCCCUUCCGCUGGCGCCGCACCUGGUGCUCGCGACCUGGCUCAGUUUCUCGACUAUCAGAAAGUCAGCUACCGACGCGCGGUGGAACAGCACCAGGCCAGACAAUGGUCUGUGGUCAUGGGCAACGAGGCCGGCGACCUCGACUCGCUUGCGUCUGCCAUCGCCUACGCGUGGUACGCAACCAAUCAUCUCCAACAACUCACAGUGCCUCUCGUUCAAAUUGACCGGGAAGACUUUGCACUUCGCGCCGAGAACCUGCACGCCCUCGAGAGCGCAGGCAUCGAUCCUACCAUCUUGCUCACAGCCGAUGAAAUUCCGGCACCUUCAGGCGAAACGUACGCGCUCGUGGACCAUAACAAACUCGACAGUCGCUUCGCACUCGUCUCCUUCCCUGCUGCAUCUGGAUCCAGUCUCAGUCACGGGAGUAACCAUUCUACGCCCGGCAGCCCCAUCAGCGCCGAAUCCAAAGUUGUCGCCAUCGUCGACCAUCAUGCGGACGAAGGAGUGCACCUCGAUGCAAACCCCCGGAUCGUAGAGCAGUCUGGCUCAUGCGCGUCUCUCGUCACACGCCUAUUCUCCUCUAUCCCCAACUAUACCAUUCCUCCUGAACUCGCAGUGCUGCUGCUCUCCGCGAUCACGAUUGACACCAACGGAUUGAAGGAAGGCGGCAAAGCGGUUCAAGUCGACCGCGAUGCAGCAGAUUGGCUCCUCCCUCAGGCCAAUCUCGACGCUUCGACUUCUUUCGCAUCGAAGGAUAAGGAUUCGUAUCGAGCCCUGCGCGACCUCAACGAUACCCUGCAGUCGAAGAAGAACGACGUCGCCCAUCUUGACACCCGCGACCUUCUUCGACGCGAUUACAAGGAGUACACGUUUGCUCCUGCCUGGGCACCUGACAAAACCCUCCGCGCCGGGCUUGCGACUGUACCUCGUGGGCUGAAAGGAUGGCUCGCCGAUCUUCGUCCUUCGUCCGCUGGUACCAACGCGAAGGGCAAGGAUAAGAGCAGUCCUGACUUCUGGGACGCUUGUGCAUCGUAUAUGGACGAGCGUGAACUUGACGUAUUGGGUGUCCUCACGAGCUGGCGCGACGAUGGCAGGAUCGGAAGUCGCGGGAAGCACCGGCGAGAGCAAGCAUGGCUCUUGCGCACUGCGUCGGAAUCAGACGAGUUACCGCGCAGACUCUGGGCGGGGCUCGAGGAAAGCAAGGCGUUGAAAUUGAAGAGGAAGGACGGGAAGCGUUAUGCCUGGUACAAAGACGGUUGGGUGGCAAGGGUGUACGAGCAGGGUGAUGCUAGCGCUACGCGCAAGGCUACUGCACCGCUGCUGAGAGACAUUGUGGAGGGACGAAAGGCUGGACUCUGA